AUGGCGGCCCUCUGCGCUAUAAUAUUCUGCGUUACAUUUCAUAAGAAAAUGAAUUUUCGUUUUUAAAUUACGCUAUUUAUAAGAUUAUGUCAUGUACAGGUCUAUAUAUCAUUUGGCAAGCAAAGAUAAGGGGGUUCUCCCCGUCCAUGCUGGGGAUAUAUUUGAAUUUAUUGAACAACAUGAUGAGAACUGGUGGCGGAUGCGCGCACGAGAUAGUUCAGUCGGACUCGUUCCUACCUGUUACCUGGAACCUGUCGAUAAUGAAACGGCUGACCCAGGUGAAAUACAAGCAGUGCUAGAGUCAGUAGACAGAGCUAUAGAAGCCAUCCAUGCACAAGUGGCAGCUUCUGGUGGUUUUUAUACUCAUGAGCAAAGAGCUAAUUUAAGAAAAUUACUUGAGCACCGAAAUCGAAUUAAUUCAAGAGACAAGGCUGAUCUACCAGCACAGCCACGACGCCCUGCUCCAGCACCUCCAUCUGGUAAGGAUAAGAAUAAAAAGAAGAAGGAAACAACAAAGAGAAGGCCAGCUCCUGCAGCUCCAACCACUUCUGCUUCAACAUGGGAUACUGCAGUGAAAGACCAAGUGCCUGCAAAAGCAAGGGAAUCUACUCCACCUCCAGCUAUCCCUGAAAGACCUGAUCUUGAGUCUGUCACAAUACGACCUGGAAUUGCUGCAGAGCUGUUAGAACUCCUUAGAAUGAACACUGGGUUGAGUUAUGACAAGUCUUCUGUGGCUGUCCAUACAGUCUUAUCACACAUUCAUUACUCUGUACCAUCAACUUCCAAUGUUAUGGCACAACUGAUUCAAGAUCUUGAACAUCAGAAGGAGUCUCGCACUGAAGAUGAGGAGGCUCUUCUUCAGUCCAAUGAUGGCCAGCAACUUAUCGCAAUUCUUGAUGAGCUGACAGAACACAAGGAAGACUCGCAGCAAAGAAGCUGGGCUGUUCAUGAUGAUGAAGGGAUACUUCAUAAACUGCUGAAAAAUCUUCACAGUAUUCUGCUCGAUGCUGAUCCAGCAGUGUGUCGAACUGUUUUCAAGCUUGAUGAUUAUGACUAUGUCAACAUGCUUGUUGUUUACUUUCAAAUGGAAGAGAGACAAUCACUGCGCCAACUUUUAGUUGAAAUUUUUGGUUGUUUGUGUGGCUUGAAGAAGGAAAUUCUCUCCCAGCUCCUCUGUUCUGUCUUGCCUUCAGAACUGGCAAUGGAGAUUAUGAAGAGGAAAGAAGGUGCUUCAAUGCAGCGUCACUGUGCAAUAUUAAUGACAAUGAUUUUUUCAACUGGAGAAUCUGUUCCAUAUACCGUUUAUGACCAAGUAAAUGAUUCGUUUGUGGAGUUUUUGAUUGAUGCCAUUGAAACAUCUGAACAUGAGGAAGAAUUUAUGGAGGCUUUUACACCUCUUAUCCUGGCAUUUAACCACCACUUUGUAGAUGUUCAGAGUAACAUUGUAAUGAGGGUACUAGCAUCCCGCAGCGCUGCCAAGACACUGAGCGAGAAGAUCGUGUUACUUCUCAACAGAGAAGAGGAUCCCACUGCCUUGUUUCAGUAUCCUCGUAGUUCUCCUGACGCAGUGCUCAAGUUUGUUACGGACAUCUUUUCAUCUCGCGACACUUCAGAGUUUUUUUACGCUUUAGACAUGAAAGUCCUGAUAGAGAUUGUCCUACGACAGAUGGCGGAUCUUUCUCCUGGGGCAGGGAUGAGAACGGAAUACAUAUCAUUACUACAUCAAAUCCUGUUGAAUUCUAAUUACAGUGAAUACAAACAUCAGGCUAGUGAACUCCUCACUUGUCUGAAGAGAAUCAGCAAGGAAGAUGGAAAAGAAAGCGAACAAGACAGACUCAUCGCACAAGAAAUACUCAAAGACUCGUCAAAAUAUUUUUAAUUUUCAGUUGAGGGUCGGGAGUAAUACGGUAUCGCUCGGAUUUUGUUUAAUCUUCGCUCUAUGAUUGGUCCACACAACUCACGUCACCCUCUCGACCAAUCAGAUGCAAGAGUGAGGUCAAUUUCGUUUUUACUUCCCACAUUUUCCCACGCAAGCCUUAACUUUGAGUUCUGAGUGGUUCCUUGAAAUAUCUGUCUUUGCUCUUAUUGAUCUUUAAGAACAUUUUGGUUGUGGCUUUACGAUUACUUACCGAGGUGUCCUUGAAAUGAAAUUAAACCCUUAAGCUUAUUCCAAAUAAUUUGUGUAUAUUAUGCCGCAUUGUUUCAAAUUAUAACUAAAAGCCCACGAACAGAGCAUUCUGUAGAGAGACUUGCUCCUUUUACAAACAGAUGUUUUAAACUUAUUGAAAAUAUUUUGAAGAGAGGCUACCACUUUUAAAAAGAAAUACAGCUUUAGAAAUAACAACA